CCCUAAUAGCUCCUCAUACAUGAAUAUCACAUGGUUUUGCUUGCCAUGUUACCGUGCUUUGUGGGGCUUCACUACAGGGACUGUCUCUUGGUACGUGAGUAUAUAAUCAACCCAUUUCAUUCCUUCCUGCAUAGCAUAAAACAAGAACGCAGUGUUCUAAGAGUAUCAACCUUUCCAACGAUAAAUUAAAAGCUUUUGCUUUUAUUUGAGUAUUAACAAGAUGAUAAGUGCAAAGAAACUAAUCAAAUUGGCAAGGAAAUGGCAGAAGAUGGCAGCUCUAAGGCGAAAAAGAAUCACAAUGCCAAGAAACAGUGUAGCUGUGGAUGCAGAAAGUUGUAGCACAUCCAACACAGUUGAGAAGGGUCACUUUGUGGUGUACUCCAUUGAUGAGAGACGCUUUGUGCUUCCUUUGGAAUAUCUUAACAAUGACAUUGUUAAAGAACUAUUCAUGCUUGCAGAAGACGAGUUUGGAUUGCUAAGCAAUAGGCCUAUAAUUUUCCCAUGUGAUGCAGGCUUUCUGGAAUAUGUAACUAAUCUACUUGAGAGGCGUAUGAGUGAAGAUUUAGAGCAAGCACUGCUCAUGUCCAUGGCUAGCAUCCGUUGCUCAUCAUCUGUGAAUCCUCAUCAAGCUGUUACAAGUCAACAAUUACAAAUCUACAGCUUCUAAAACACACCAUGUUUUGUUUUUGUAAUUGAACCACAUGAGUGUACAGAUAAAUUUUAAGAAAAAGAUACAAAAGAUUUUCUUCA